AUGGGGACCGGUGCAUCCAAAGAUACUGCCGCAACGCUGAUGCCAAGCCACCACCACAAGAUUAAGAAAAACAGUAGCAGCACUUGGACUUCUAAGUCACAGCCUCCCAAGAAAGAGAAAAUGAAUUGCAGAAAAACAAGGAGAAUAUCGCCUCAACAACAUGCUGAGAAAUGGUGCAAUAAUGGCAGUGAUCAAGUAGGCUUCGAGAGGAGGUACAUCAAUGACUGUGUUGGUUAUGGUCUUUUCACCACUAAGCAUUUCAGCAAGGGGGACUUCCUGCUGGAGUAUAGAGGGAAAUUGGGCAAGGGAAAUUGCAACAACGAUAACGAUUACACUUUCUUUUUCAACCACCAGGGUGUUGAGUACAGCAUUGAUGCAAUGAGUCCCACUUCAUGUAUGGCACGGUGGAUCAACGAUGCGAAAGACACACCCAACUGUGUGAUGAAGAAACUAGUUUUCAAAAGCUGUGAUGAACCACACCUGUGUCUGUUUGCCUUGUUCGAUUUGGAAGUUGGCUCAGAGCUGCGAUACAAUUAUGGCAUAGACAAUCUACCCUGGCGACAGACCAAAUGGAAGCAAGAUCACAGCGACAAUGACUGUCCAUGCCAGUUGUAUUCACCAUCGUUUCAUGAUGAGCCACAGCAAUCACGCAUCAGUGCUGGUCAUGCAGCACAAAUGCCUUCCAAAUGUCCAGUCGGCAGACCAACACCUUUGAAGUCCUCUCUUGAUGAGUCACAGAAAUCACACAUAAUUGUUCAGAGGCAUGCUCCAUCAUAUCCUGUAGAGGAUAAUCUUGACUCACCUGAUGAAUAUUCCUCAGAUGAAAACGACCCAGAUUUCAUUCCAGAUUCAAAUUCGUCAGAUGAAGACAUUGUUCCAGAAUCAUCAGAUGAAAUAUCUUUGAGGUCACCAAGCCCGGUAAUACCGAUUCCAUCAAGGGAGUCUUCCAAUCAUCCAGUUUCUUCUGAUGAGACUGUCUCCAGCACAAGUGAAAUUGAAGUCAUGACAACUUCAAACUCUGAAGGGAAGCGCCACUGGGACAAACCACAGUACUGCCCAUUUUGUCUUCAGCAACAGAAGAAACUACCACGCCAUUUGACUACACCGAUGCAUAAAGAUGAAACCCAAGUUAAAACUUGGCUGGCCACAACAGAUGUGAAGGAAAAGAAGAAACAACUCACACUGAUGAGAAACUACGGCAAUUUUCUUCAUAACUCAACUGUUUUGAAAAAGGGGAAAGGCACUCUUAUUGUUGUGUAUCGUCCUGGAUAUGACACGGACCAUAAUGAUUAUCUUCCUUGUCAGGACUGUUACGGCUACUAUGCCAAGUCAGAUUUAUGGAAGCACAGAUGCAGCCAAAAACCUGAUGUUGAUUGCUCUGGUGAGCCUUGUGUAAAAAAGAGAAGAACUAUGUUCUGCAAGCCAGGGAGAAUGCUUUUGCCAUCAACACCCGGGGUUAGUACUAGGACUAAUGAAAUCUUGUCAAGUAUGAAUGCCGACAACAUUUCCCGCUUGGUCAAGUCUGAUGAGCUUAUCAAAAGGUUUGCUGACAAGUUGGUAAUGAAGCAUGGCCACAGCAAAGACCAGGCUGGAUACAUCAGGCAAAGAUUAAGGGAGAUUGCACGAAUGGUGUUGGAAUUUCGAUUCUUGACGGGCCAAACAAAUGUUGGAUUGUCUACACUGAUAUGUCCUACAAAAUUUGUUGCAGUGACUCGUGCAACACGAGUUGCAGCUGGCUUCAAUGACGAAACUCAUCUGUACAGCACACCCAGUCUUGCACUGAAGAUUGGACACAGCAUGAAGACUUGUGCAGAAAUUCUGCGUGGUGAGGCUCUUAUGUCUGGGGAUGAGUCGACUGAGAAGCGUUGUAAAGGAUUCCUAUCACUUUACUCCACACAAUGGGAAGAAAAAGUCAGCCAUCAUGCAUUACGUAGUUUGAAUGAGGCGCAGCGAAACAAUCCAAAGCUGUUACCGUUGACUGAAGAUGUGGUGAAGCUAUCGCAAUAUCUGAAGGAUGAGGUUAGAGUCAGGGAACAGGUGUUGCAAAGUGCAGAUGGCUCAAGAGAAGUCCAAACAGCAUGGUCAAGGCUGGCAGAAAUUCUUCUCUCCCAAAUCAUUCUCUUCAACCGAAAGAGACCCGGGGAAGUCUCAAGAAUGACAAUUCAAGACUACAGUAAGUGCAUGAAUGGAGAAGACACAAUCAUUGAAGGUGCCCUGACAGCCUGGGAGAAAGCCCUGUGCAGAGUGCUUUGGAGGGUAGAGUUGAUAGGAAAGCGGUCCAGGACUGUCGUUGUACUUCUCACCUCUGACAUGAAGCAUGCCUUGGAUCUUCUCCUAAGUAAGAGAGCUGCAGCUGCAAUUAAUGAUGGCAACGACUAUCUCUUCUCAGCUAGAUAUGGAGAAGGCCACAUUAGAGGGACAGAUACUGUUCGUGAGCAUGCCAAUAAGUGCGGAGCCAAACAACCUGCAAAUCUACGAGCGACCAGGUUAAGGAAACAUAUCGCAACAGUCUCGCAGAUCAUGAACUUGAAAGAAAACGAACUGGAUGUCCUGGCUAAUUUUCUUGGACACGAUAUCAGGACUCACCGACAGUACUAUCGUCUCCCUCAAUCUACCAUUCAAGUUGCAAAAGUAUCCAAGGUUCUUCUGAAAAUGGAGAAAGGGGACAUCAGGGGUCUCGCCGGAAAAACUCUACAAGAGGUUGAGCUCAAUCCAAAUGAAGACUACAAUACAGAUGCUGAGUCUGAUGCUGAGUCUGGGUCUGAUGCUGAGUCUGGGUCUGAUGCUGAGUCUGAUGCCGAGGCAGAGGUCAAUCAGGUCAAACCACCAGCUCAUGGGGACAGACACGGGAAAGGCAAACAACCUACAAUUAAGAGAGCUUGGAGUAGUAAAGAAAAGAAAGCUGUUGCAAGGCAUCUAGGUGGAUACCUCCGUGGCCGUACAGUUCCCGGCAAAGCUGCUAUCAUCAAACUGUUCCAAGCUGAGACUGGCACAUUCUCACACAGGUCAUGGAAGAAUGUGAAGGACUUUGUCAGAAACCAAACAAGAAAGCAGGACCCAAUGUCCUUUCUUGGUACCUAAAUCAGUCCAGAGCUGUAGCAACCAUCAAAUCAAUACACCUUUGGGGAUAA